AUUAUUUUAGCUAUGCUUGAUAUCUUUGUUAUUUUCCUAUAAUUGAUAUCUUUGUUAUUUUACCUAUGAUUGAUUUCUUUGUUACCUUGCUUGGUUUUAUUGGUCUUUCCAUUAUCUCUCUCCAAGAUAAUCGUUGUUAUUUAUUUUUUUAGUGUUCAGCCUUUUUUUUUGUCACAAUAUGCUAACUUUUACAUUAACUUAUAAUGCCUAGCUAUUAUGUCUGGAAGUAGUAUCCCUGCUAUUAAGUGGUCAGAAUUUGAGACCACUGUUCUCAUUGAAGCAAUGAAAGAAGCUGUACAAAAUGGUCACAAAUCCGGUAAUUCAUUUAACAAAACUGGAUGGGAGAACAUUACAAAGCAAUUUCAACAGGCUUUAAAUCGUUCAGUCGGGAGAGAACAGUUACGCAAUAAGAUGAACAAGUUGAAACAAGAGUAUCAACAGUUCAAGAGACUGCUUGACACAACUGGAUUUGGGUGGAACUCAAUGACAAAAGCAGUCACAGUUGAUGAUGAGUCCGUAUGGGAUAGGGCAAUACAGGCAAAUCCAGGUUGGUUGAAAUACAAGAAGUAUGGACUAAACAAUUGGCCAGAUUUGAGCAUGGUAUUUGGGGAUGCAUAUGCUACAGGUAACUUAGGGGUUGCCAGUGCUCAAGAUUUUGAUGACAUCGAAGCUGUUAAUACAGUUGAUAUUGAGCAAUUCUCUCACUCCCCCAGUACCCCGGUGCAUAUAAGCAUGAAUGACCCCUUCCAUGAGGAUACUCAUACUCCAACUCAGACCACCACAAAACGAAGUCUUGAUAGGACACCUACGGGACGAAGAAAAAAGAGCGCCAAUAAGGGAGAUAGACACGUGAAGGACUUGUAUGGGCAGUAUUUAUCCAUGAAAAUUGAGAAAGCAUCCAGUACUUCUGUAACAUCUCCUGUUCGUGGUGGGGUAGGUGCAUCUUGUCCUCGAGAUUUCAGUGUGAGUGCAUGUGAGGCGGUGAUAUCCUCCAUACAGGAUAUAUCAAAGGAGAUAUAUUUGAAGGCCACCAGUCGUAUGUGUACUGAUCCUAGUUGGAGGGAGUUGUUUGUCUGUGCAGAGCCUGCGAAGAGGAUUUGGCUUUUAGAUGCGUUGGAUUAGUUGAUGUUGUGUUUGAAUGCUACUUUUGAUAAUUUUGGAUUCAAGACUCUACAUUUGGUGUGUGUAA